AUGCCAUCCCUGCAAGCCUGGCUAAGGCGACGCCCGGCCUUUCCCACAAAGCCGGAGACGCAAAAGUUGAGGAAUCCGGAUGGUGGGGCAAGUGAUGUAGACCUUCUGAAGCACGUGUGCCUGCGCCCAGCGACGACUUUGUCGGGCGUAUGGGAGGCUUAUUUGUUCGCCGGCUCGUUUUCUACAAUACCCGCUGCCCUGCAAAUUCUUGAAUUUCCUUCCGCUUUCUUGGACUGGAGACGCAGCGAUGGCUUGAUCCCGGGCCUUCCCAACACACCUCCGCCCAUCGAUCCUAGGAAUUUGAGAGCAUUGCCUGGGAAUGAAGAUGACGUUGUGAAAGCCUGCGAUGAGAUGAUCGACUCUUACGGCGGGGUUCUCUGUGCGGUCUACGAGGGGCCUGAGGGCUCCGAACCUGAGCUGCUAGGAACACUGGCGCUUCGCGUGAAAUGGCUCCCUGAUGCCUGUCGCACCUACGAAGAGGAGGGCGAGGAAAGCGAUAGAGUGGUUCGCACUGUUCCCUUGAAGGCUGUUCUUGAAGGCCAGGGUCUGGAAGCCGUGGCCUACCUGGAGCAGUUUGCCGUUGCACCUGACUGGCGUGGCUCUGGGCUCGCAGCACGGAUGUUGCAGGAAGCCGAAGAGAGGGCCCGCUUUUGGGGCCUUCAUCUUCUCGCCUUACAUGUUCAGCGAGACGACUGGCGGCCGCUCCGCUUUUUCGAGAAGAGUGGCUUUGAGAUCUCUUCGGACUGGAUGGGUCGUGGGCCCCAGUUCUUUCUGCUUGUCAAGUUCCUCUAG